AUGGGGAUGGGCGAUGUCUUGUCCAGCCAAGCCGAGAUCGACCUCGUCCACCACGAACGCGCCCGCGAAAUGUGGGAAUUUGAUAACUUUCCUGAAGGGGAAAUGGACGAAAUGGUCGAGCUGUACGAGAAGAAGGGGAUUCCGACGCACGACGCCAAGCUGGUCGUCCACACGCUGGCCAAGUACAAGGAAGCAUUCGUUGACAUUAUGAUGGUGGAAGAGCUCAACCUGAUGCCGGUCGACGAGGACGAGAACCCGCUCAUCGGAGGUCUAGUAACGUUUGGAUCGUUCAUGUUGUUUGGCGCGGUGCCGCUGCUGUCGUACUUGGUCAACCUCGUGCCAGGCAUCCAAUUUUCUGGCGAGCAGGCACUGUGGGGAUCGUGCGUCCUCACGGCCCUCACGCUCUUUCUCUUGGGCGCUGUCAAGGGUCAAUAUGUUGGCCAAAAGUGGUUUGUGUCGGGGUUGUACAUGGCGGUGAACGGGACGGUCGCGGCCGGCACGGGGUGGAUCCUCGGCUACCUCCUCCAACUCACCGGCGUCCAGAACGUCACCCUGGGUUAA